AGCGUGGCAGCUGGCAGUAGUUCCGUCAGAGCGGACAUCUUGUGGCUGUGUCGUGCGCGUGAGCCCCGUAGGGCCGGGGAGGCACCAGCUGCCGCGCGGGGAGGAGGCCGAGGCCGCAGCUUGAGGGAGGCCCCGGCCCCUCUGCGCCUGUGUCUGGCAGAGCCGGUGUGAGACCAAGAGACAAUCCUUCCCAGCCGCCGGGAUAAUCAAGAGUUUUGGCCGGAACUUUGAACACACACCGAGAUACUGAGGAGCCAGACGAAAAGCACAGACUAUGGCUCUGAAACGGAUUAAUAAGGAACUUAGUGAUUUGGCCCGUGACCCUCCAGCACAAUGUUCUGCAGGUCCAGUUGGGGAUGAUAAGUGUUUUCUUUUUCUAGUGUUUCAUUGGCAAGCCACAAUUAUGGGACCUAAUGACAGCCCAUAUCAAGGCGGUGUAUUCUUUUUGACAAUUCAUUUUCCUACAGACUACCCCUUCAAACCACCUAAGGUUGCAUUUACAACAAGAAUUUAUCAUCCAAAUAUUAACAGUAAUGGCAGCAUUUGUCUCGAUAUUCUAAGAUCACAGUGGUCUCCUGCUUUAACUAUUUCUAAAGUUCUUUUAUCCAUUUGUUCACUGCUAUGUGAUCCAAACCCAGAUGACCCCCUAGUGCCAGAGAUUGCACGGAUCUAUAAAACAGACAGAGAUAAGUACAACAGAAUAUCUCGGGAAUGGACUCAGAAGUAUGCCAUGUGAUGCUACCUUAAAGUCAGAAUAACCUGCAUUAUAGCUGGAAUAAACUUUAAAUUACUGUUCCUUUUUUGAUUUUCUUAUCCGGCUGCUCCCCUAUCAGACCUCAUCUUUUUUAAUUUUAUUUUUUGUUUACCUCCCUCCAUUCAUUCACAUGCUCAUCUGAGAAGACUUAAGUUCUUCCAGCUUUGGACAAUAACUGCUUUUAGAAACUGUAAAGUAGUUACAAGAGAACAGUUGCCCAAGAUUCAGAAUUUUUUAAAAAAUGGAGCAUGUGUAUUAUGUGGCCAAUGUCUUCACUCUAACUUGGUUAUGAGACUAAAACCAUUCCUCACUGCUCUAACAUGCUGAAGAAUCAUCAGAGGGGGAGGGAGAUGGAUGCUCAGUUGCCACAUCAAAGGAAGCAGCAUUAUUCUAGCAGCAUCCAUCUUGUGUAAGCCUUCCACUGUUAGAGAUUUGAGGUUACAUGAUAUACUUUAUGCUCAUAACUGAUGUGGCUGGAGAAUUGGUAUUGAAUUUAUAGCAUCAGCAGAACAGAAAAUGUGAUGUAUUUUAUGCAUGUCAAUAAAGGAAUGACCUGUUCUUGUUCUACAGAGAAUGGAAAUUGGAAGUCAAACACCCUUUGUAUUCCAAAAUAGGGUCUCAAACAUUUUGUAAUUUUCAUUUAAAUUGUUAGGAGGCUUGGAGCUAUUAGUUAAUCUAUCUUCCAAUACACUGUUUAAUAUAGCACUGAAUAAAUGAUGCAAGUUGUCAAUGGAUGAGUGAUCAACUAAUAGCUCUGCUAGUAAUUGAUUUAUUUUUCUUCAAUAAAGUUGCAUAAACCAAUGAGUUAGCUGCCUGGAUUAAUCAGUAUGGGAAACAAUCUUUUGUAAAUGCAAAGCUGUUUUUUGUAUAUACUGUUGGGAUUUGCUUCAUUGUUUGACAUCAAAUGAUGAUGUAAAGUUCUAGAGAGUGAAUAUUUUGCCAUGUUCAGUUAAAAGUGUGCAGUCUGUUACAGGUUGACACAUUGUUUGACCUGAUUUAUGCAGAAUUAAUAAGCUAUUCAGAUAGUGUAGCUUUAGUAUGCUGCACAUGAUACUGGCAGCCCGGGAGUUCAUUGAUGGACUUGGGACCCAGCAGUUUUGAAACGUGUAUGUGGAGUUUAAGAAAUUUAUUUUCCAGGUGCAACCCCCAUCUAACUAAAUUUUUUCUUCACCUUGUACACUUGACAGCUGAAAACAUAACAUGGGAGUAAUAAUGGGUCAAAAUUUACAAAAUAAAGUACUGUUUUGGUGUGGGAGUUGUCAUAAGGCUAUGUUGAAGUGACUUAACUAUGUGGGAUAUUGAGUUUUUUUUUUUUAAUGGAGUGAGUAUCCAUUAAAAUGAAUUUGUUCAGCCAUUUACAUUAAUGAGCAUUUAACUGCAACAGAUAUCAUUUCAGGUGACUUAACAUGAAUGAAUAAAAGUCAAUGCUAUUGGAUUA